GCGUAAGCGGUAAAGACAAGAAUCAUUGUCGGUCAGCAAAAUUGCUGGGUUUCCCCAAUAUUUUUAGGAAAAAACUAAAAUAUGAACAACAAGUUUGACGCGUUGAAAAACGAUGACAGUGAAGAAGAAAAUAUGAAAGAAGAAGAGAAGAACAGGAAAAUAGUCAAACCUGGUCCAGGAGAACAUACCCUCCAGUUUAUUUAUAGUCUGUGGUUUUCCCGAAGAUCUCCUGGGAAGCAGUCUGUUAGUUAUGAUCAGAAUCUCAAAAGAGUUGGAACCUUUGCCUCUGUGGAACAGUUUUGGAGCCACUACAGUCAUCUUGUCAGACCGAAUGAUUUGGCAGGACAUAGUGAUUAUCAUCUCUUCAAGGAUGGAAUUCGACCCAUGUGGGAGGAUGAUGCAAAUAAGGCAGGUGGUAAAUGGAUAAUCCGUUUAAAGAAAGGUCUUGCUUCACGGUGCUGGGAGAAUAUCAUACUUGCCAUGCUCGGCGAGCAGUUCAUGGUAGGAGAGGAAAUCUGUGGUGCUGUGAUUUCUAUUCGAUAUCAGGAGGACAUUUUAUCAUGCUGGAACAAAACAGCCAGUGAUACACACACAACAUCUCGGAUUCGAGACACCCUUAAGAGAGUAUUGAACCUGCCUCCUAACACCAUCAUGGAGUAUAAAACACACACAGAUAGCCUCAAAGACAACUCCAGCUACAGAAACACGGAGUUCUUCAUGAGGUAGCCAGUAGGGGGAACUGACAUGCCUAUCACAUCCUUGACUCAACAAUUGUCUUGUUUAAUUCAUUGGACAAAUAGACAGAUAAACAUGAUGCCACUCAGAUUAACAAUCUUUGAAAGAAGUAUGGCUCAAGCUUCACUUUUUACAAUUUAGAACAUGUAAAUGGAUAAGUUUUGUUGUUUUGUUGUUAAGACAUCUUACCAAAACUGUGUCUGCACUAACACCAAAGAAAUGCCCACCGAAGUCACCUCAACAGCAAUGUUACCUUUGUCAGGAAAUUAGAAUACUUUCACAACAAAAGGCAAAUGUACGUAGAUCAGAGAUGUAUCAAUUCAUUAACUCAUUGAACAGCAGGUAGUUAUUGAGUACCUAAGCCUGUCAUCCCAACUACAAUAUUAUUGCAUUCUCUUCCCAGCAUUUAUCCCUGUAUAUGGUGUACAUACCUCCUACUACUACUACCUAAAAUAAAACAUUUACAAUUGAUAUCAUAUUUUGGGUUCAAUCUGUACAUCUUUUUUUAGUUGCUCCUUGACCCCUGGUGUUGUCUCUGAUAUGAUAUUCCACACUCCUUGUAUCCAGAUACAACUGGUGUUGUCUAUGAUAAUGAUAUUUCACAGUCCUUGUAUCCGGAUGCGAUUGGUGUUGUCUCUGAUAUGAUAUUCCACAGUCUUUGUACCCAAAUGUGGUUGGUGUUGUCUAUGACAUGAUAUUUCACAGUCUUUGUAUCCGGAUGCGACUGCGGAUGUCUCUGAUAUUAUAGUCCACAGUCCUUGUAU